AUGCCUUCUCCCGCAGAUAAGCGCAAGAUUGUGAAGAAGCGCACAAAGAAGUUUCCGCGCUUCCAAGCGGAUCGCUUCAAGCGCAUGAACCCCGCGUGGCGCAAGCCACGAGGCAUCGACGGACGUGUGCGAAGACGCUUCAAGGGCUCCACUCUCUGCCCAAAGAUUGGGUAUGGCUCUGACAAGAAGACCAGGUUCCGCCUGAAGAGUGGCUUCUACAAGUUUUUGGUGCGCUGCCCGGCUGACCUGGAGAUGCUGCUCAUGCACAAUGAGAAGUAUGCGGUGGAGAUUGCGCACAACGUUGGGGCCAAGAAGCGCAAGGAGAUUGUCGAGCGCGCAGAUCAGCUGCGCCUGUAUGUCACAAACCGGAAUGCUCGCCUCAGAACGGAGGAGAACAACUGUCCUACCAAUGAGCUGCGCGAGCUCUACAAGCAACAGGCCCGAGGGGCAGGCGCCAAUGCCCCGAAGCCUCCUCUAAGCUCGGUCACCACGACCCGCUCGUCCUAUCCUGCAUACGACCCCGAAGCAGCCAGUGCUGUGCUGGCAAAGAAUCAAAAGCCAAGUGUGGCCGUCCAUGUAGAUCCUGGUGCCAAAUUUAUGGAAAGCCAGUCUGUGUUACACCGUGACUUCACUCGCUUUGAUCGUCAGCAGCUGCGGAGGUGUCAGAUGCAGGCGGCCCCCCCGCCUCGGGAAGCCAAGCUGGCUCCGCCGCUUUGCCCGGACCAAGCAAGCCGAUUUCAAGGUGUGACUCAGUACCAGAGAGAUUACGCAAGACGAUGA